CGCCCCAUCCCGCGCCCUUCUCCCGCGAGCUUCGCGCGAAAUCGACAUGGAUGACCACCGGUGCAGCAUGCCCAACCGGCGGAUCCGAGCACCUACUCCUCCUCCUCCUCCACCUCCUCCACCUCAUCCGCCCCCUCCCAUUGUCCUUCGAGCUCCACCCCCCGUUCCAUCGACACAAGUCACACAAGGGUUGGAAGAUCUGAAAUUUGGGGGAAGUGAGGAGAUCUUGCAAGAAUUAGGUACCAACAAAAAUUGUGAUAGAGCUAGCUGGAAUCACAAAAUGAAGUCAUAUCUUAUUUGGCUCUUGAAAGAACAUGAUGUCCCAAGAUAUCGAACACAAAAUGCAUGGAGCAAAGAGGCUUGGAGAAGUAUUGUGAAUGCAUUCAAUAUAAAGUUUGGUUUAUCACUCACAGUAACGCAGAUAAAACAAAAGGAGCAGGAUCUGAAGAAAGAUUUUAAAGCUAUACAAGACUUGAUAUCUGAAAGUGGUUUCGGUUGGGAUCGUGAUAGAAUGAUGGUGGUUGCUCCGGACAGUGUUUGGGAAGCAUUAAAGGCCCGUAAGAAAAAAGAUUCAUUCCCAUACUAUAAUGAUCUAUUUGCUCUAUAUGAUGGGCGCUAUGCUCAAGGAAGGAGUUGUCGUGGCAUGGAUUAUUAUGCAAACAAGGCCAGAGAACUCUCUCAGGUCACUACAUCAUAUUCGCAACAGUUGGAAGGUCCCGAGGAGCAUCAUCGCUCACCUACACCGAACUUACCUGCUCCUAUGGAAUCGUGCAUGCAUAUUGAUACUGAAGAGGACAAUGGAAGCACUAAUUGGUUCUGCACCGAUGAUCCAUUACACCUAGAAGCUGUGAACUCAACUCAAGUGAAAGAUUCUGCAUUACAUGUUCAAUCAGAAGAUGCAAUACCAACACCAUUUUCUUCAAAGCAAACCCCACAUAUGUCGAUGGAACUUCCAGAAGACAUACGUAGAAAUUGUCAACCAUCUCAUUCUGCUCCUGAGCUUACUAGUGCUAAGAGGGGGAAAAGACAGAAGACUAAUUCUAGUAUUGAUGAUUUCCACGAGAGGUACCUGAGCCUCAAAAGAGAAGAGAUGGAACGGUUUGCAGCCAUCGAGGAGAGGAAAUUGGAGGAUCCCUAUAGCAUACAAAAAUGCAUUGCUGCACUUGAGGGGUUGCCGGAUUUACAAAUGGGAGAUAUACUAAAAGUUGACAGAAAUGUUCAAAAAGUUGACGGUGGAAGUAGUUCAGUAUGGAUAUAG